AUGUCCGGAUUUAACACUUCCGGCGUCCUCAGUUUCGCCCCGGCUCGAAUGAUCAUCCCUAUACUCUUGGUUCUUACGUGGUAUAUGGGUCGCCUACACUCCCAGUACGAACCCAUCGUCGUCUCCAAAGUCUCAUCCAGGCUUGAAGAAGCACGAAAAAUGAUCCCCAACAUCAAGCUAGACUGGCCAAUUCCGCCAGCCAAAGACCCCCGCGCCGCCUUCAACUCGUCAAAGCUCGCUCUUCUGAUCGAGGCCAGGCCUCUGCCUCAUUUGCCUCCUCUGAUGCUGCACAUGAUGGCAGUGGUGCCGCCCGACUGGCGAUUCCUCUUUAUUGGCUCAAAUGAGAGUAUAAUUGGGGUUAGCCAAGCCUAUUCGAUCAAACAUCAACAAGUGAUUGGCAAGCUGGAUUUGGUGGAGCUUCCCCUUCCAUGGAAUAUCUCGAGCAAAGAAAGCGUUUUCCGGCUGCUCACUGACUCGAGGUUCUACGAUGAGUUUCUACCAAACGUAGAAUGGAUCUUGAAAUAUGAGCAUGACAGCAUCUUAUGCGCAAACUCGGAAAGAAGCGUAGAUGACUGGCUUGACUGGGACUGGACUGGCGCUGCGCGCAUGGGUGAUGAACGCUUCUCUGGAUAUGGAGGCCUAUCUCUACGUCGAGUGUCGGUAAUCAAGCGAAUUCUCAACUUUCAAGCACGCUUCAACGACUCGGAGCCCGAAGACGAGUGGUUCGGGAAACGCUUAUGGGUACUCCCUGAUGCCAAAGUUGCAUCCACAUUAGACGAUGCCAUUGCUGUUGAAGACGUGUACAAGGAGAGGCUCAUGGGCUAUCACGUUCGUGAGGGCAGUAGUAACUUGAAUGAGUACAUGUGGGGGGAUGCAGCUCGCCGGAAGGAAAUAUUCGAAUACUGUCCGGAGCUUAGCAUGAUUAUGGACAUGAAAUUAGAACGACAGAGAUGCCCAGAUGAUGAUGGGAAUGGG